AUGACAGCCGAGAAGAUGCCUCUCAUUCUGGACAAUGCUAUGCCUGUGGAUCUCAACAACGUCGACGACUUGUUUGGAGACGAUGUGCCCCUCUCCCUUCCGGUUCGAUCUCAUAGCAAGCAGCUACAACAACGGCUAGAUGAGCUCAGGAACCGAGGCGCCUGCCAAGCUGUAGCAUGGUCAAGACUAGGCACAAUCGCUUCAUUGACUCCGGAUGGACAGACCCUCGAGCUUCGCUUCUUAAGAUGCCAUCCCGACACAGGGAUCUGGGAACUCAGUGAGCCGACGACGUCUGACUUGGUCAAAGGCACACCAGCCAUCCCCUUGGUUCAUUUAGAAUGGAGCUCAACUACCAGUCCGGAUUUGGCCGUCAUAGAUGCAGCGGGCAGAGUCUCCCUGGUGAGCUUUGCGAUUUCGUUGAACCACCCAUUCGUAACCAGGAAAUGGGAGACAGACACGGUCGAUGACCUUCAUGGAAUUGCUGGCUGUUAUUGGCUACCAGUUGCACCAUCUAAUCAACAGAAACCCUUCAAUAUCAUGUACGGUCCUGCAAACAAGACUGGGAAUGUGUAUCAAUACGAAAGCUCCUUCGUACAUGCCAUAGGACCAAACCAUCCACAUUCUGCAAAGAGUGCUCUUUUCUGCGUAACUAUGGGCGGCAUGCUGAAGAUGUACUGGUCGCAGAACAAUAAUCGCAUGGAGGAGACAACUAUGGAGCUUGAAAGCAUAAAUACAUCUGACGAGUUGGUCACGCAUGCAGCAUUUGCUGCUGACAAAAAGCAUCUUAUCGCUGCUGUUGCAACGUCUUCUCGGCAGCUGAAGAUCCUCAAAGUGGAAAUCCAGUGGGGUGGACCUGGUUCGUCGUCGGAAAAGAAUACCAUGCCCCAGAACGCCAGGUUAAAUCCGGCACUUGUGGAAACACAUGUUGCGUCCGCAAGUUGGCUAUAUGCUGGCCCUAACGAGACCAAUUAUGACGCUUCCAUGUCGGAAUUAUCUUUCCUACACGUAUUGCCGGCGGUGCUGGACAACUCGGGUUCCAGUACCGUACCGCCGUUAAUCAUGACUGUAAGGUCAAGAAAUGCGGGUGACGGGUCAUGUCAAUCCGCUCAGAGUAUCUUGGAUAGAUGGGAGGCGGUAGAAUCCAAGCAGGGUCUUGAUUCUGCUUUUGAACAGUUGGGAAAUCGAAGGAAUAGCGUUUCUUCAGACUUGCCAAACACUAUUAAGCUGCGGAAAUUGGAAUCAGUCAUGGUCAGUAAGACCGUUAUUGGAAUUCAAGACAUACAGUAUGGCAAGGUCAUUAUUUUGACAAUGUCGGACGGGUCGGUUGAAUAUCGAGAUCGGUUUACGUUUGAAGAAAUUUACACGAAUCAAGACGUAAGCAAGGUCAUGAAUCUACGACAAGUUGGAUGGGUGUUUUCCGAUGAUGGACCCUGCCACCAAGCUGCUUUCUCCCCAACAUGCUGCUCUAUGAUACAGAUUGGAGACGAUGGCAAGGUGCGGUGGAACAAGCUUCACUACCCUCUGGGCGACAUUGGCAACUCUGCACAAGACCCCCAUUAUCCCGCUACCAUUGCGGCAAUGUCCAUCACAGCAGCCUCAUCAAUGUGGCAUCAAACUAGCUAUGAUGAUCUACUAGCAGUUGCGCAUCCGCUGGCAUCCAAGAAGCGAUUCACGCCAGAUUGGAUCAGUGAGCUGAUCAGAAUUAUGAAAAUCCAAAUCGACUAUUCUGAAGAGACGCACCACGACUCUCUUAUGAGGAAUUCGCCGCUGCAGUCUUGCCUCAGCAUAAUGAGCAGCUUGGGAUUCCAGGGAGAGACCCAUCGGCGAUCUUUCCAGAGCAAAUUCGCCAUAAUCAACCUGAAUAUGCGAAAUGUUGUAAUUCUCAUCACCCUUGCGAGCAACACGCCAAUGAACAUCAGGGAGAAAAUGAGUCCCCUGGACGAACACGAGGUGGUAGAUGCUCUCGCUGGCUGCGCAAAAUGGUCCGUUGAUUUACUCUGCUGGCUAGUAGACUGUCUCUUUGAACUGAUGAACGACGACCACUUCAAACAACGACUAAACCCCCAACGCCUUGGAGAGUUGAACCAAUAUCUGCACGAGAGGAACGACGUAUCACUCCACCUGCUACUUUCAUCUUCGAGCCGCAGCUUCGUCUCAGCAGUAUGCCGCAGGAUAUCCCUCCUCGAGGCCAUAAGCAACAAGGCCAUCGACUUCUACAAACGCCAAGCAGCAGGAGAUCAAACUGGCGGCGGCAAACCACCCAACCCGCAACUACAACAAGCCUACCAAAAGAUGCAGCAAGUCACCUCAACAAGCCUCAUCAAAGUCACAGAGUUCGAAAAGCUCCUCAACAUACUGGCAUCAGACAUCAGACAAACCUACACGACAUACCUGCCCCGUGUGGUGAAAAACCAACCCAACGCGCCGCAAGGAAAACAACUCGACGUUGCUGUUAAGAACACGCAAAUUCAUUUCGAGGUGGCGAUGCUGCUCUCCGGAUCGCUGCCCCCGUCUUUCCUGCCCGUUAUAAACAAGUUCUUCGGCAAGGAUCUGCCUGCUUUUCGAAAGCUCACCGAUCCGGCGAAGCUCUUCUUUGCUGACUUUGAGCUUUUGGGGCUGCAGGACGAUAAGAGUAGUUUGGCUGCGAGGCGGGCAAAGGGCGUGUAUGUGGACAUCUUCAAGCGCACUGAGCUGCGGAGUGGGCGGGGAGAAAAUAGAUGGAGGCGAUGUACGAGGUGUACUGCUGUGAUGGAGGAUGUGUUUGGGAGUAGGCCGGGCUUUACGUUUGUGCUUGCUCAGCAGCGCAAGUGUUCGUGCAGUGGGUAUUGGGCCUUGCUUCCUAAGGGGAAGUUGGUUUUGUAG